CCACUCCUCUGGCGCCUGGCCCGCAGAGGGAGCGUGAUGUCCGCCGAGGUCCCGGAGGCGGCGUCCGCCGAGGAGCAGAAGGAAAUGGAAGAUAAAGUGACCAGCCCAGAAAAAGCCGAAGAAGCAAAGCUAAAAGCAAGGUAUCCUCACCUGGGACAGAAGCCCAGAGGUUCCGAUUUUUUAAGGAAACGAUUGCAGAAAGGGCAAAAAUACUUUGACUCUGGGGAUUACAACAUGGCUAAGGCAAAGAUGAAGAACAAGCAACUGCCCACUGCGACCCCAGAUAAGACAGAGGUCACUGGUGACCACAUUCCCACUCCACAGGACCUUCCGCAACGGUAACCAUCCCUUGUCACGAGCAAGCUGGCUGGCUGAUUAAAAGAGCUAAAGUGCAUGGAUCUUCUAAUUCCCUUUAUUCCUCCUUAAUCUAUUACUUACCCACUUUUUACUUCCUUUCAUUCAUAAGUCAUUUGAAACUGACAGCUUUGGAGGCAGCGGUAGUAAGCACUGCCAGUGUAGGGCAUAGACACGUGUAGAGGUUCUGAGUAGCUCACCAGUGCACUGACGGGAAGGACACACUGAGUGACACACAUCAUCUACUUGAACAUAAGUGUACAUAUCACCUAUCCUUAGUGUAGAGCUGGUUCCAAUGAGUAACAAGCAAGUUCUACAAGUUUGUUUUGGCUCCCUUCACCUUAGUGAUAGCCUUGUAUGUUACUCCUAUUUAACAUAACCUCUAUUGUAUGAUUUCUUCUGUAUUUCCUUUUAGAUUUUGUAAAACAAGUUUAAGACCACAAGCUAGAAGAAAGGUCACAUAAUCAGGCACAAAGAUGGGAACUCAGAGGUUUGCAUGAACUUGAAUGGCCUUAAACCCAUUCCAGCUGUAGCAAUAGCGUUUUACUUGGGCAAUAUUUGCCCUUCUGGUGUAACUCUGUGACUUUGGUGCUUACCAGCUGCCACUGAAGCCCACAUUCUUAGUUCUGUAGCAUUAGAGCACUCUCCAUGUAAGCUGUGAAUGAAGUAUGCAUGCGCAUCAACCGUUGGAUUCACUUCUGUGCCAUUUUUGUAAAUACAAUAGUUUUGCACAA